GCUGCCUGUGGGAAGCUGUGCAUCCGGAGAUGUGCAUUUGGGACUGAAGAGGAUCAGGAGUGGCUGACCUUGUGCUCUGAGGAGUUCCUGAUGGGUCAUUACUGGGCCCUGUUUGAUGGGCAUGGCGGUCCAGCUGCAGCCAUCCUGGCUGCCAACACCCUGCACUCUUGCCUGCGUCGGCAGCUGGAAGCAGUGGUGGAGGGCAUGGUGGCUGCUCAGCCCCCCAUGCAUCUCAGCGGCCAUUGUGUCUGCCCCAGUGAUCCCCAGUUUGUGGAAGAAAAAGGCAUUAGGGCAGAAGACUUGGUAAUUGGGGCUCUGGAGAACGCCUUCCAGGAAUGUGAUGAGGUGAUCGGGCGGGAGCUGGAGGCCUCAGGCCAGGUGGGCGGCUGCACGGCUCUGGUGGCAGUGUCUCUGCAGGGAAAGCUGUAUGUGGCCAACGCUGGGGAUAGCAGAGCCAUUCUGGUGCAGAGGGAUGAGGUACGGCCCCUGAGCUCUGAGUUCACCCCAGAGACUGAGCGACAGCGAAUUCAGCAGCUAGCUUUUGUCUACCCUGAGCUUCUGGCUGGUGAGUUCACCCGAUUGGAGUUUCCUCGAAGGCUGAAGGGGGAUGACUUGGGGCAGAAAGUUUUGUUCCGGGAUCAUCACAUGAGUGGCUGGAGCUACAAGUGCGUGGAGAAGUCGGAUCUCAAGUACCCACUGAUCCAGGGACAGGGUAGGCAGGUGACAGUGCUGGAUAUAGGCCAGCUGGAGCUUCAGGAGGAGGACGUGGUUGUUAUGGCAACUGAUGGGCUCUGGGACGUCCUGUCCAAUGAGCAAGUGGCACGGCUGGUACGGAGCUUCCUCCCUGGCAAACAUGAGGACCCUCACAGGUUCUCGGAGCUGGCCCAAAUGCUGAUACACAGCACCCAGGGGAAGGACGACGGACCCACAGGUGAAGAGCAAGUAUCCUAUGAUGACAUCUCUGUGUUCGUGAUUCCCCUGCACAGCCAAGGCCAAGGGAACCUUGGCCGCUGAAGAUUCCAGCACUGCAUCCAAGAACACUCCUUGUCCUGACUGGAUCUCUCUCCGCCCUGGUCAAUAGCACCCUGCCCCCAGACACAGCAUAAGGUUCUUACCCUCUACCCCAAACCCAUUUCAAGGGGCACAUUUAUACCAGGCCCAAAGCUGGGAAGUGUGGAAAGCUUAGCUCACUAAGUCUCUUUGGCGGGUGGGGGAAGAUGCUAUUGGUAACAUUUUACAACUUUGGAAACCCACUUGAGGAUCCUCAGACAGAAUCCUUAAUAGCCCAAUAAAUUAUCCACAGGUGGUUCACCCAGGCUGAGAAUAUUAGCGAAGGAGGCCAGGAGGGAUGGAGCCUGUUUGGACCUAGGUCUCCAGUCUGUGAGUGUCAGGGAAUCCACUUAACACCCUCCAAAGCCCACGCAGGGUGCUUUAUGGAAAGGUGUGUGUAGUCUCACAUCUGCUAAACAGCCAUCUUGAAACAGCCCCUGGGAAGAGAACAGCACAGGUCUUGCCUUGCUCCACUCACCUCAGAGAGGCACAGGUUGUAAGGUUAAAGUCAGGGCAGAGGGGAUGGCUUGAGUGGGGAAUGCCCUCAGCUUGUACGCAGUCCCGCCCUAGGCUGAUGUCCCAACAAUGACUUUGUUGCUCAUCACCUCUGAUAUUAAAUCCUUGAGU